AUGCGCCCUCGUGAAGACGUAGGCUGGCUAGAUAUAGGCCUCGGCAAGGACAUGAGGUAUACAAUACGUGACAGUGGCCGUCUUGUGCACAUCCUCGAGUCGGUUAUACAACCAGAAAACAAGUUUCCAGCUCUUUGCGCAUUUCUAGGAGGGGAUGCUAAAGAUAAUGCCUUGAAGCAUGUUUUCCCGCAAAACAACAUUAGAAGGCAUCGGUCACGAUCAAGCAUCGGCCUCCGAUAUGAUGUCGGCUCUCUCCAAUCAGCGUCACCUGUGAUUAUCGCAGAUGGGGACCCACAGUUGAGCCCUCGACCGACAGUAAGCGACAUAUCCGGUACGGACCAUUCCAUCAUGUGGGAGGCAAACUCCCCUAGGAUGGUGCUGUGGGCCAUUUGGGCACGACUCAUAUUUUUAUUCGCGGAUGCCGUUUGUAUAUUCGCCGACGACUUUCCCGAGCUGUCUGAUGUGGUGGAUUUCCUAGCGGGGUGCAUGGACAUGCGCUCGGUAUCCACCUUGCCCUUGCCAAUAAGACCACGAGUCAUAGUUGUGCUUUCUGAUGAUGCCAAUGAUACUUUGGAGAGCGCUCUGCAAAGGGACCGAUUCUAUAGCCGGUUGCAGGAAGCCCACCCAGGGCUUUUCACGGACACCUUCUCUUCCAUCAAUCUGAUCCACUGCGGCGAGAGAAAUUUGUCUGAAAAAGCCCGAUGUGAGAGAUUGAGAACUCUACUCUUUGGACAGCUAAAGGAUAUGCAGGCGGUUCGCCAUGACCACAGAGCCCUCUUCGCCUCGUCUCACUGGAAAGGGUUUUUCCAGAUAGCCGUAAGGCACACUGCUAACGAGCUUCACCAACCAUUUGAUUUUAUCAAGGCUACCAGGGCCAGUUAUCCCAUCCCUCCCAACACGAGCACAUGCAUAGCCCAUUACUGCCAAGCCGCUGAGUUAGCAGGCUUUCAAUUUGAGGAAAUUGCGCCAACAAUCGCCUCUGCCUUGGUGAUGGACCACUAUGUUCCAGGGAUGCUAUUUGACAGGCUCGAAUGGACUGAUGUCCUAGCCGUCGCUGUGCGCGUGGACGAAUUGAAGUCCCAGAGCGGCUGGCUAUGCCGAAUAAGAUCUACCCGUGUUUGCCUAUACUGCCUCUGUCGCGCAGCGCAGCACGCGUUGGCUUGCGGUCACACAAUCUGCGAUCAUUGUGCCCAAAUCUUUGGGGAGCCCACUUUGUCCGUGGACUACCGGUUUACCAUAAAAAGCUGUAUUUAUUGCCUCUACAAGAUGCCGCUGGUGAUCGACAUCCUUUCGCCAACAAUGAAUCCCACAAUCCUUGCCAUUGACGGCGGCGGUGUACGUGGUGUCAUCCCACUCGAAUUUUUGGUCUUGAUUCAGGAGCAUCUCGGUCCUUCCUGCCCUCUUCAGGACCUGGUAGACCUUGCUGUGGGGACGAGCUCGGGCGGAUUAAGUACUCUUGGUCUGUUCAAGAUGAAAUGGAACGCUCGCAAAUGCUCAGAUAUGUUCGAUAGGGUAGCGCGACGUAUUUUCCAUGAAAGACGUGAGUCGGCCAUCUCUCGUUUUUUCCGAACGGUAUUUAAGGCAGAGCUUCCCUUGGCCAUUCUCCCCAGAUGGGUGCUAUGGCUCCUCCAUGACGGAUGCUACGACAGCGGUACUUUUGAUCUGGCAUUGAAGGAUGUUUUCGGCGACGAUCAUAGGAUCUUCGGUGCAUUCGACCGGCAAUCGACCGCAAUCUCCGGUACGAGAUUCGGUGUUGUGGCAACUAGCAUCGCUAAGGAUACACACUCAUGUGUCUUUGGUAACUUCAACUCCGACCACGGAUCUACUGAUAACUGCGAGUUCAAGAUUGUACGGCCGCUCAAUCCACACCACGAGCCUCUCGUAUGGGAAGCAGCAAGAGCCACGGCAGCAGCCCCUUUCUUUUUCCCCACAGCGGAUAUUAGGGACAUCGGUUCGUUCCAGGAUGGCGGGCUUCGAGACAACUUUGCUGCUGGCAUCGCUCGCAGGCUCGUACGCCAGGUUUGGCCCUCGAGAAAACAUCCAGCAAGGCUGUUAUCUAUUGGGACCGGCGCGAUACUGCAACCGUCCGCAGAGACUCCGCAUUUCCGCCAUGUUUUCAGGGAUAGUUUCGUCCGCCGCGGUUUCGACGCCUGGAUGGCAUCAAUGGAUACGGAUCCAAAAUGGAUGGAGAUGUUCAACCAACUGGACGAAGCUGACAAACCUGAUUAUUUUCGGUUCAACGUCCAUUUACGUGAAAUCCCAAAUGCUAUUGACAGCGUUGAGGCCAUGGAUGAUUACCGCAAUCUCGUCAUACUUCAGGCUGGAAGCGCCGCUCUUGCGCGCGACGCAGCCAUUGCGUUCCUGAUCUCUCGCCUAUAUUUUGUGGUGGAGGCUAUCCCCGAGACAGGGAAUUUACCGCUUUCUUGCCGGGGAACUGUCCGGUGUAAAGGGGUCGCGCGACAGAUAAUCACGGCGAUAGAACGCCUUCAUCCACAGCGUCUGGACUUUAUAACUGACUCCGAAUCACUCGGAUCCUUCCAAGCCUUGGAAGAUGUCUGUAGAGGCUGCGGUCGUUAUCGCAAAGCCGUGUCAUUUUUUAUCAACCACCUAGACGAAACCGUGAACAUUUAUUUGCGAUCAAAUUCCCAAAAGAGGUGGAGGAUCAACGGAUUUCCAGACACUGUACGGUCAUUCAUUUUGGCGCAGAAGAUCGACUCUCCAUUUGGUCAGCAUCACCACGGUCGCGCUGGAAUUACGGCCUGUAGGGAGGCACUCAGGAUCGUUGUAAAACCAUCUGAAGUUCGGCUGAAGUUUGGAGAGGAGCAAGCGCAGUAUGCAUGGAAAUUCAACGACGAAAGUUUGGUGCCGCUAUUUGACAAGCACCUAAGCAAGCACUCCGUGGGUGCCUACAUGCAACUACACCGAGAAGCAGGCAAGGGCUUUUGUGCAGUCCACCCGGAAGACAUUGUAAAGGACACUCCUCAAGUGGAUAUUGAAGAGCAGCUCCUGCGUCUGGAGGCUGAGAAAGCAGAUCUAGCUGAGAGACUUGCCAGGGCGGAAGUUCGUAUAGUAGCACUUGAGGCGGCAAACGUGCAACACGAAGAGACGAUUUUUGCGCAGAAAAAGAUCAUUCAAGACACCCAGGCUUCCAUCAAUCUCUACGAACAAGAUAUUCAGCAGUGGAUGUUAAAGGUGGAACUUUACGAAAAAAGCACUAUUCAAUGUUCUUAUGCUUUACAACAGAUCAUUUGCUAUUUACAAGGUGUCCAAGUUGAUAUUCCAACAACUUAUACAUGA